UUGAAACGUAUAGUUGCAUAAAACUCGAACGUUUCCACGAAAAUCAGUUAGUUUUCGAUGUUAAACGCUCGCCGAAUGACAACCGAUUGUGUAUCGUUGUUGUGAGUCAAAAACCAUACGAAGUGAUCGUAGCGAUGUUUUCAUGUGUAUGGUGAACAUUUUAUUGUUUAAAAUAAUAAAAUCGUGUGGAAGAGACAAUAAACAUACAUGAAUUGAGUGUAACAACUUCGGGUAUUAUAUAAAUCAAAACAAAACUCGGCCAACGACAUAAAAACGUGAACAAAAAAUAAAUUCGAAUACAAUGCCAAAUCAAACAGUAUUAUUAAUUGUGUGAAUAUUCGUUCGAUUUCGGAUAUUGUCAAUAAUUGUUUUAUUUUGAACAUUAGCUUCAAGAACAGCCGAUAAUUGAAAUAGCCUUGCAUUGGCAUUUUAAUUCCGUUAUUUCGAAAAAAGGAUAUAUUUAUACAAAAAACGAAUAAUAAUAAUAAUAAUAAUAAUAGUUGAACAAAAUAAAAAAAACUCUAAAGAAGAAGAAAAAGAAGAAGGAGCAAAAGACUAAAUCGAUAAGAAACACACGCCAUUGCUGUUUGCGCUUUUUGUUUUCAUUUCUAAAUAAAAUAUUAUUUGUUUGCACGGAACACAAAGUACUUGUUUGAAAGCAUGUUCGAUUGAAAUAGAUAGAAACCGAAAAAUUUUUGUGGUAUUUGUUGUUGAUUUUUUUUUCUCUCUGCGUCGUCGACGUCUUCGUCCUCUUUUCGGACUGUUGUUACAUUUUUGUUAAAUAUUAUCUGUGUGUGUGUGGUUGUGAUUGUAUUAGCCAACAACACCCUCAAUAAAGCUUCGUGUUUUGAUCCUUUUGCGCUCCUCUUUAUCCAUAUAAUUCAAUGUGAUAUAGUGCGGUGAACUGAAAACCGACAGGUUUCGAACUCAAAUAUAGAACAUUUAUGCCGUGUUUCAAAUGAGUGAUGACGAAAUUAUUCUUUUUUUCCUGAUUUGAUGGAUUCUAUAUCAUCUUGAAGUAAACCUCAGCGGAGUAGUGUAGUGUGGUUCAAAGGUUCCUUGUGUGAAGAAGCUCAUUGUAAUUUGUAACUUUGGUGAAAACCACAUAUCCUCGAAAACAUCGGCUCAGAUUGAAUUCGUUUGGUUUGGUUUGGUUUGGUUCGAAUCAUCAUCCCGAGAAAAUUGACUCAGAGAAAACAUACACGAUUACAACUUGUAAUGCAGACACACUUUGGAAACAUCAACCAAAUGAACCAACCAAUGAAAUGAAUGAAUUAAUGACGAUUAUUUAAGCAAAGUGCCUACGGACAAAACCAAAAUAUCUAACUAUAUCUAUAAUAUCUUAAUGAAGAAAUUCGUAUCCGCACGCACUCAAACGGCCGUAACUAUACAAAUUACAAAAUAUACAUAAAUGUGCUCUACGACAACAGCAACAGCCACGGACAUUUCAUCACCUCCACCCCAUUGCAAACGAAAAAACAGUUGAGCUUAAUAAUUUCGAAGUGUGUUGCAUAUUCAGAAAUUGAAUCAUGGCACAUAAGUUAUAUUAGUUUUUGCGUGUGCCAGUAUUUUAUUAGCAUGGGAUUAAUAUAAACAAAUGCAUAUGGUUCAACGUACAAUAAAAACGUGUGUGUUUGUGUAUACUGUAUAGAGAUGUGCAUGUUUUCAUUUGAUGAAUAUGGCAUGUAGUAUAUGAUAAUAAGGAUGAACAGAUGUGUAAUUUCAACAGACGGAUAAACAAUACAAGCGAACAUUGUAGCAUUCUCAUUUAGCAUUAGCUAAUAAGGUCUAAAUCGAAAGAACAAAUAGUGAAUUCAGUGUGUGUGUAUUUGUAUAAGUGUGUGUUUACGGAAAAUACACAUCAAUGUAAACAUAAAUAUAAAAAUAAACGCUAUCAUAAAGCCACAAAUCAAAAGCUACUGAUGCCAAAAAGUCAAUGAAUCUAAUCCAAUAAGAAGACAUUGUUUGAUAAAUUCAUGAUCGUGUCAAGGCAUUCAAAUCAAACGAAUGCAUUCCAAAUGCAAAAGUUUUCUAUAGUCGGGAAGAAAAUGCUCUAGAUACACGAUGAUGACUGCACAAAUUUGAAAUUGAAACUGUUGAAGUGUUCAGCUGUUGUUCUCUCAACGAUAAUUCCAGUGAAUGAAAAAAUAAAACACUCAAUCGGUGAAUGCAUUCAUCAAUAAAGAGUGCAAAGUUGAAUCAAUAAACCACAAGACACUUACACCGGCAUCUAUAUUUUCACACUUAGUUUUAGCACCUUAAUUUUGUUGUGUCGUUGACAUUUUUGUCGGUUUUACAAAAGCGAGCUUUCGUUACAUUUACAGCAGACACGACAAUCGAACAAGCGAAUAUUUUAUUGUAUGUGAUAUAACUAGCUGAGUAAAACUACUUCCGUACACAUUCAUACAGAUUUUCCAUUGAAACACGCAAAUGCCAAUACAAGCGGAUUUUAUUGUAUGUUAAGGUUUUCUUUGAUCCCGACGGCAGCGACCUUUUAUACCAAGAAAAAACCCACAGCUGUAAAAUCUAUCAACUAUUUGACGAAAAAAAGAGACCAAACAACACCGACAACAUCAAUAGUUGUUACAACCGUAUCAGCAGAAGUAAUCAACAAAAAAAGCACAACAUUAGACUUUGUUGCCGUUAAUGAAUUUCGUCGGUUUCAUCUAAAACAAAAUAAAUUCCUUUUUUUGUUAUAUGCUAGUUAAAAACAAAAGCGAUCUCGUAGAAGAUGUGGUAUUCAACUUAUCUAUAUCUGAGUGGCUUACUAAGUAUAGCUGCGUAUUCAAUAAAAGACAAUCAGGAAACAAUUCCAAACAUAACAUUUGCAAAUUGUAUUGUGGGAAACGCAACAUAUCUGCAUGGAGAAACCUUUAAAAUUGAUUGCAAAACGCAAUGCAUAUGUGAGAAUGGACGUCAUGCAUGCUCAUCGUUGUGUCCGAAAGAGAAUCUACCACCACCCGAAGACACAGCAGUUUGCCAUUCACCUCGUUUAGUUGAUGUGCCGGGUCAUUGUUGUAAAGUGUGGUUGUGUGAAACACCAUCUGCAGACGUGAAUGCAACAUGUCAGAAUGUUUCGGCUAGCCCAUGGACAUCAUGCUCGGAAUCAUGUGGAAUUGGUGUUUCGACACGAAAUGUUGCAACAGCAGUUGGUUGUAAAAAGCUCAGUCCGAUUCGUUUAUGCCAGAAUCGACGUUGUCAAAAUAACAUGAACAGUACAUUUAUUAAAAAUGACUUUGAGAAUAUCGAUCACAUGAAUUAUAAUGCUAUUAUACCACAUAAACAUCGUGUUCGGAAAGGACACGAAUGUCGGAAUAUGCAGCGUAUUGGACCAUCCAGACUCCGGCUUGGGCCGUGUGUAUCACGGAAAUUAUAUCGACCAAAAAUUUGCGGUCAUUGCCAAAACAAUAAUAAAUGCUGUGUGCCUUUGGUGUCUACUACCAUACAAGUGGAAAUGUUGUGUCCGCUUUCAACAGGAGAUCCAUUCAAUUUUAUUGAAACGAAGUACGAUUUGUGGGACCACAACUCUAUCGAUCCUAUUGAUCAGGAGCUCUUACAAUCACGACAAAUACAAAUUGAAAAUCGAUUCAUUGCCGUACAAUGGGUGCUGAAGUGUGAUUGCAGCUUACAAGGUGAAUCGUGCCAAGAAAACAACGUCACCAAUUCGGACAUAAAGGAACUACUAACCCGUGUUCAUCGAACAUAAGCUUCAGACAAAACGAAAGACGGACGACAUAAGAGUAGAAAAACAACAGCGAACUUUAAAUCGUGUAGGUUUCAAGUGCUUAGAAAAAGGCGAAAAAGUUGAGAAGCUUUGCACUUUGUAGAGUGUUGCAGAAACUUCAGUGAUUUAUGGUAAUUUGUCUAUAAGGGUGGACGGUCAUAUUCGAUUAAAAAAAACUUUUACUUUGGCCUGAGCAUGCUUUCCGAACUUAAAUUAUCUUCGAAUCAAACUUUGAUAUUUUCCUUUUUACGGGCUAGAUUUAAUAAUUUGUUAAGUAAAAUUCACAUGCAGAGAAAAUUCAAAUGACAAUUUCUGCAAUUUUGUGCUAAUUCAAGUAACAAAAUAUAGAUUUGGUCUAUCCAUGAAAGGGCAAAAAUGUCACAAAAGUGCCGGUAUUUUAGGUCAAACAGAAAAAUCAAUAUGCGUAAAAUCUAGUUUCGUUAUUUUUUCUUUCUUUCGUGAAUGCAUUGACACAACCACACAUAUUACAAAGGAAUAAAAGACGAAUCUAUCUUAUCACCAUUCAAAAUAUACAUAUGACUAAAACACAAAUCAAAGUGUGUUUAAGAAUGACAUUUGUUUCGAUUUGAGCAGAAAUAAUUUUAAUUGCAUCAGUUGGUAUGUUCAGUCAUUUUUGCAACGAAAUAAAGGCAUGCACAACUGUAUCGUUGAAAUGACCAAUUUCAUUUCCGUUCCCAGCUUUUUUUUUCAAUAAUUCUGUAACAGAAUUUCUGUCUUCAUACUUCAUAUAUAAUUAUAUUCUAUUUAAAUGCGACACAACAUACAUAUCUAUGCAAGUUUCACAUAUUUUAUAGAGGAACAUUUGAUUGUAUAUACUCUAUGUAUUAUAUUCGAUCAAAUUUUGGCAUGUCAAAUAUGCCAUACAUACAAAAUAAGUGAGAAAAACUUCUAAGUUUGACAACAUUUCGUUAAUACUAAGUGUAAAUAGUCGAAGAUUUGAAAAGGGAAAAAAAAAACAGAAAGAACAACUCAUUCCCAUUUUGAUUUGGAGAAGAGAUUUUUUUAGUAAUAGGUUUUAAAAGGUGUGUCUUUUUAAUCUGCUAAUUGUUUUUAAAUAAAUUUUUCAUAAAUAUAUAAACAUCAACCACUAUAGUGGCUAAGCUAAGCAAAAAUGUUUGUGUUUCAUCACAUUAUUUAUUUAGUUGCAACGUUGCAAUGCAUCGAUUCAUUUUGUCGAAAAUAUCAGGUUUAUUUAAUAAUUUUUCAAAAGCAUAAAAAUUUCGUAACUUAUCGUUAUGUCAUCAUUUUAAACAAGCAAAUAUAUACGGUCCAAAUGCACGGCUUGAAUUUCAUCAAUUUUCAAACCAAUUCAAUAAAUAAUGUUUAACAAUAUUUAAAUAAUUUAAUAAACCCACUUUAAAUAGAUUACCCCAUCGUCAGCAUAUUUAUUGAAUUUUCCAUUUUAGUUUAUCAUGAAGCAGCAAUUAGUCACCGAAAAUGAAUGCAAAUAGCUUUCAUCACUUACAAAUAUCAUUGCGAAUCACUUCAGAUAGAAUUGGUGUUGAUUAAAACACUGCAGUUGUUUGCGCACACGCUCACACACGGUGGUCAGUUGGCUUUACUGUUUUCAAAUUGUCGCAAUAAAAUUAUUAAUAAACAGACGUUCGGGCCGUUCGGUCAAUGCACAUUCCAUUCAUUGAUUCAUUUAUACUCUUUCUCUCUCUCCCUAUCCUCUUCUUCGCACACUGUUCGUUCAUUUAUAUUCGGUGCGCAAUUUGUGUGCCACCGAAAGUGAGCGCCAUUGAAGUGCAUUACAGAUGCAAGAAAUUGAGGAAACAUACACGCCAGCAUGUGUUAUUAAUUAAAACCGCAAUUCAUUUAAACGAGUGAAUACGCAUCAUUCCUGCAUGUGUAUAUAAUUAAACUUCAGUCACACCGUACUACUUAACGACUUUACACACACCACAAGAUAAAAUAAAAUACGUGUGCUGCCAAAACUCAUAAAACAGACAUAUGCAUACACAAACACACACACACACACACAAACACGGGAAAUAGAACUUAACUGAAUAUCAUUCGACGCCCAUGUGAUCCUUGCAAGGAUCAAUGUUGCAACAUGAUAUACUACGUGUUUCGGAAACACACGUUUCACAUACGCGAUAGAUGGAUAUGUCUGCAGAUAUGCAAGCGUGCCAUUUUCUUUUGUAUUGAAUCUUUCGAGAUUUUAUCAUUAUAUAUCUUAUUUCGGUAUCACAUAUAGAUCUUUACCGAUAUCUAUCACUUGUUUUUUACAUUGAUGCAUUUUUGCCCAGACCUUUUCUUUGGCAUUUCCAGAGAAAGACAAACCUUGAAAUCAUCUUCUCAAUUCCCAUCGCUUUCGAUGAUUUUGAUCGCUUUCUUCAUAAUCAUAAGCACUUGUGUGCUAUUUGCACCGAAUCGCCACCAAUUCAGCACAUUGCAAAUAUGUUGAUAUUUUAUCGAGAACAUUUUAUGAUCGUCGAAAACUUUGUUCUCACAUUCAUCACCAUGUGACUGUGUAAUGUGUAUGAUAUUUAACUCGUCACAAUAAAUACAUCGAAAAAUGUUGAAAUUUUGAGUCCAUUUAGUGAAAAGAAACUUGUUUUUUUUUUCUUUUGAUAAACAUUGUAGUCAACGGUACGAUAAAUAUGCAAAAAUAAUGCAAAUAUUGAGAACAAAAAUAACAAACUAAGUAUACAUUUGCGAUUAGAUAUUAAAUGUUUAAGCUAAAAAAUUCAAGAUGUUAGUUUAUAAGUUUAUUUAAACUGUAAAUAUAUAACUAUAAAAUGCAUAACA